AUGUUAUUUGACUGGUCAUUGAAGGAAAAUAGCCAACGGGUGCUUUCAUUUGUGGUGUCAUUCAUUAUAUUGUUACUCUUGUCAUCGCUGUCUUACAUUGUGUAUAAUCUGAAGAAUCGUUAUCGACCGGCUUUAUGGACGGACAAUAUUUGCAUCCAUCUUCCUUUUUGGCUGUGGCACGGUUUUACGGCUUUCAUGACGUUGGUGAACGCUUUUUACCGCAUUUACGGUCAUACGCAGGGACAAGUUCUCCGGGGUGCUACCGCCGGAUCUUUUGCAUGUGAUCUUCAAUUACAUCGCGUUACUGAUCUCGGUCGCUUUAGCGGUUGGCUAUGUAGAGGCGGCUAG